AUUUAUUUAUCUCUCUUCAUUAUCGUAUUUACUUCACAUAAGCGAACUUGUCGUCGAAUUAGAGACAUACCGAAUAACUAGACAAAUAAGAUAACAGCAUGGACGUCGAAAGUAAUAUAACGUUAAACGAUAAGGCGGAGUUAACCUACUCGGUUAUGAGCAGUCGCCUUGGCAUGGAAAUUGCUUUGACGAUAUUCUUCAUAGCGGUUAUGUGUGUUGAUAUUGCCAUGUUCCACACAAUCUUUUGCUAUAAACGACUGCGCACUGUACCCAACAUCUUAUUCGCAAACUGGGCUAUCGCUGAUCUACUGUGCGCCAUGAUAACGCCAAGCGGAUAUAAAAUACUUUCCAUUAUAACAAGCGGCAACAUAACCCACGAGUUUCUGUGCUUCCUAGAAGAGUUUGGAGCAACGUUCCAUAUCGCGGUUAACUUGUUCGUCAUUAUAGUUUUAAUCGAUUGGCUUAUUGCCGCAUUUUUCGGAAGGGCGUCCGAGAAAUUUCGCGACAAUUACGUUUUGAUUGCGGGCGUAAUCUGGUUGAUCGCCCUUGUGUACGGAACUGCAUCGUCCGCCAUUUGCUUCCGCUUUUACUCGUAUUUCGUGCAUCACGCUUGGUCGUUAAUGUCCACUUACUGUAUUAUAGCUGUGCUGGUGAUCGGAUUGCAAGUCUCAAGGCUUGUCCAGAGAUUGCGGCAAUCUGGCAUUAUCUCCCCGACGUUAAACUUAACGUUCGGUACCAUUUACGCCAUUGGCUGUAUUUUAACUAUAGUUCAAAUGAUGACCCUGCGAUAUUAUGGAAGAGCUUUCGAAACUUUUGUAACGAUGUGCCUAUUCGGUACAAAUCUCGUAAAUUUUGGCGUGUUGAUGGUGACUAACUCUGAGUUCCGGACAUGCUUCUUAAUGGCGAUCAGAUGUAAGCGAGAUGAUGACGAUCACGAGUUUGAUUUUCACAAUCCGAUCAGUAAGGUAACGGUGAGCAAACAAAGACUCGAGAGUGAAUCCUCUUCUAUUGGGAGCCAGGAAUUUUUGACACAAAUUCAUUAAUUUAUAAUUAAGCUACACUGUCGCUAUCGAAAUUUGUCAUACUAAUUUAGUUUUGUGUUUAAGGAUAAAUAAAGUUUACCAAAUGAA